AUGGACCCGGACGUGGGCGACGCCAGGCGCAGCUACCUGGCUGGCCUGCUGCGCGGCCUCUGGGCGCCUCGCAACACGCGUCUGAGUGAGGACAAAGCCUCUCAGCAGGCACUCACGCAGUUCCUCGACGAGGUCCAGUGCAACGUGCUACACGCGCGCCUCGCCAGCGGCAGCGAGGAGAUCCGUUUGACCAACUCGUUGGACGGUGAGGAGGGCGGGAACAACGACGAGACCGCGGCCUUCCUCAAGCUGCAGAAGGCCGUGCCCCUCACGCCGGACAACAUGAGCACGAGCGUGCAGCUCACGUCGGCGCUGCAGACGCCAUUGCAGAGUCUCUACCAGACUGUGCACCAAGUGUACGCGCCACUGCUAUUACGUGACGGUGCACGGGCAGCUCAGCUGUCGCAGAAGCUCAAGGACGUGCUACUGGAGCUGGAUGCAGGACUGGCUGGGACAGUUUUGAUCCAGGGAGGAAGCAACGACUCAAAGCAGGCUAAGGCAUUGACGAGUGAUGGAGGAGACGACGGACUUAUGAGCAUUGCUACUGUGAGUGAUGAAUUUGCCUACUGGGAAGCCAUGCAGACGGACGGGAGGCAAGCGAGACGAGCGAAGAAGUUCAGCGCAGCCUUUGAUACGGUGCACCAGCGGUUCACUGAUCCGCUGGGGAAUCUCAGCUUCGACGAGAUGAACGACUUGCUGGAUGACGCCUCAAAUGUAGCAGACGAUCUGUGGCGUCUCGACCUUGCGCGGGAUCAGGUGUACCCGCAGAGAAGAAUGGAUCACCUGCUUGGUCUUGUCACGGGCGCCAUCAACGCCUUCGUCCUGGCUAAAGCCAAGGCGCUGAAUGGAGCGGAGAAAGAGGCUGAGGCUAAUGUCUGGCAAGCGCGGUUCCACGCCGUCCACCAACUGCUGCAGCAAGGAGUGGCUCUGUGCGACAAGUGGCGGAACAGCAUCGAGUCCCUGACGGGAACUCUGUGGCCGGCGCACAGCGAACAUGCUUGGGAGGGACAUGUGUCUCCUCAAGCUCAGCGUGUGCAGCUGCUAAGUGCUCGACUUGAUCAAGUCUUGCGUGUCCGCACAACGUAUGAAGAGCUCCAUGCUCUGUUGCCGUCUCGAGGAGGGAAGAACCAAGAGGACGAGCUGGCCGAGUCCUGCUUCAAGCCAUUCGAACGACUCCGCCCGCUGUACUACAAUGCAUACACCGAGCCAGCUUGGCAGCGUGCACUCAGCGAGUUUGAUCGCUCCCUUGCCCCAAUGGAGACGCAAGUCGCAGUCGUGCUACGUGAACGCCUUCGAGCCGUCACUUCAAAACCCAGUGCAGCCGCGCGCUUACUGCAGCGGUACCAGCAUCUCCUCCAGCGUCCUACACUGACUCAAGCGCUCACUGGUGAGCGCGACGCACUACUCGCUCAAUUGUUGGCGCAUGUUGAUCAACUGGACAGCGACUUCGAGACUCGAAAGCAGAAUCUUGGCUCUAGCAGCGCCGGAGCGAGAGAGAAGAAGAGCGGCAUGCACGUCGGCAAGACGUUGAGCAGCGACGUCAACGUCAUUGUCUGGGCUCACGCACUAGGUCGACGAGUGGCCGACAUGCAGCGGCUAGCACGCGGUGUUUUGGCCGACUUGCCUGCCCUCCCGCGGCUAUCGCAGCAGUGUGACAAGCUAGCGGCUAAGGCGAGCGGGCUCGUGCUCGAUCGUGUUCGCGACUGGCAGGAUUCCAUGCUGCGCGCGCUGGAUGAAGACGACGAGAACAACGGAGGCCAGUCGCUUCGACUGCGUGGACGACUGAUGCAGAUCGACAAGCAAAGUGGCGACCUUGUCGUGAACUUCAGUGAGUUCCUAGUCACGCUGCUGCGCGAUGUCCGCCAGCUCACGGAGCUCUCGUCCCAGCAGACUGCAGCUCAAGCUGGCGACGCGUGGGUGCCCACUCGAGUGCGUCAAGUGGCCGAAGAAGCGGAGAAGUACUACCGCUUCGGCGUGACGCUGCAAAAGGUGGCCAACUUCUACAACAGCAUUGAGGCGCAGAUCAUCGACGAGCAGAAGCCCAUGCUACUCGACUCUCUCCUCGCCUUCGAAGACGCCGUACAGCGGCCAGGCAUCGCGCAGAACCAGAACCAGAAAACCAAGAGCAAGGAUGUGACGUGGGCCAACUUGGACGAGUGCGACGAGUACAAGUUAGGCGAAGAUCUCUUGGCUCUGCUGGACAUCGACUUACUGCGUCACCCUGCCAAGUGGAAGGAACGCUGGGACGAGAUCAAGCGCGGUGCCCAACUGGCCACGCGGAAGCAAGACUCGUCACGCACGGCCAAGUGGUUCUUGUACUGGGAUCACCAGCUCUACAAGGUGCUCGAGUCCGGCUACCAGCUCGGACUCGAGACCCUCAAUGAAAACCUCCCGGAGAUUAAGGAGAUCAAAACGGAGCUGCACUUCCCCACUGCGUCAGCUGCAUUAGCUUCGGCAGCCUCUGGAGGAACUACACUCGUGUUGAAGCCUCCUAUCGAGGAGCUACGCACGACGUACUACAAGGCCAUGAAAAAGUUCGUCGCUAGACCCACAAAGUUUGGAGGUUUUGCGAACGCGCAAGUGUUUGCAGCGAUGUGUGACGCCAAUGCGCGCAACCUCGUGCGAGUCUACGAAGCCUGUGAGAGGCUAUUCACACGGGUAGAAGGGUUGAUGUUCGAGUAUGAGCACUGGGGCUUCCUCGCGCGACUUGGAGGCGGUGGGAAUGUCGACCUCGACGCAGUCAUGGAGGCGACACUGCAAGAACCAGCCGACUGGGAGCUCAACUUUAAAACGAUCCGCACUAAACGCAAGGAGAGCGAGAAGAUUCCGGACUUCGUCAAAGUCGACUGCAUCAACGUGUCGUUGGUACCAUUUAAACGCACGCUAGACGAGCACUUGCAGCGAUUUACGGACGCAUUGCUGCUGUCCUUACGCAAGAGCACGUUGAGCCACAUUCGAAUUGUGGAAGACUUCGUGGAGGCGUCCAUGGAGAGCUUGAACAAGCGGCCCCACUCGAUCGACGAGAUCAGCGCUGCCCAGUUGGAGUGGAAGGACAUCGAUGCACGCAAAGGUGACGCUCACUCGCACUUUCAGAAGGCUGAGAAGAAGAAGAUCCUACUGCUUGCGGUGCUUGGUGGAGGCAGCAGCGCAGGAAUGAGUGGAGCGACGAUGGACACGAGUGAGGUGGAGGAUCGCUUAACGCAGCUCCCCACGCGCUGGGAGAACUUUGAGAUCGCUCUAGAAGCUUUCAACGACAUGAUUGAGGAGCAGCGUGAAAGUCUCAAGGGCGAGAUCGAAGCGCAAGUCGUGGAGUGCAACGUCGAGAUCGACAAGUUCCGCCAGCGGUGGACGGCACUCCGCCCUGUGGAAGUUUCUUCCUGGGAGGACGACGCACUUGCCAAGGUUUAUUCAGCCAUGACUGAGUGGCGUGAGAAGAUGGACGAGCUCAAGACACGCAGCGUGACGUUGACGUCCAACUGCGCUGCGUUUUCAAUGACUGAACCGGUUUUUGACGGUCUUGCCGCUCUCGACGACGAUGUCAGCAAGCUUCAGCGCAACUGGGACACCUACCGUCAGUUCCGAGAAGACGUCCAAGCGAUUGCGACUCAAGACUGGUUUGCUUUCUGCACCAACAUGUUCGCUCUACCGGAUACGGCUCAAAAGUGGGCGGAUGCGGUGAAGGAGCAGGCAGCUCACAGUGCCGAGCGGACUGUCGUGGUGGACAAGAUCAACGACUUCAACACAAACGUGAAGCGCGCAAUGCCAACGCUCAAACUUUGUCGCGGUGAACCGUUCAAGGACGAUCACUGGACGCAGCUCUUCCGGAAGCUUGGGUUCCCUCGUGGCGUGGAGAAGCACAACCUUACUGUCCAGCAUUUCAUGGACGUGUUUCCAGUGCUGGAGCUACCAGCCACGCUACAGUUCGUCAAGGUGCUCCAUGCUCGAGCCCAAGGUGAAGUUACGAUUCGAGACGCAUUACAGGAACUCCGCGCUUGGACGGAGACAGCAGAGCUCGCGUUGUUGGCGCAUGAACACGACGGACGUCGCGUGGCGAUCAUCAAGGACUGGAAGGACUUGACGCUCGCGUUAGGCGACAACCAGUCGCUGCUGGCGUCGCUGAAGGAGUCGCAGUUCUUCAAGCCGUUCGAGGUCGAGGCCAGCCAGUACGAGAUCAAGAUGGCCACGCUCGACCAGGUGCUCACGCAGCUCAACCUCAUCCAGCGCAAGUGGGUCUUCCUCGAGCCCAUCUUCUCGAAAGGAGCGCUGCCUUCAGAGCAGAGUCGUUUCCGUCGGGUUGAUGAGGAGUUCACGGACAUCAUGGGGUCGGUAGAACGAGACCCCAAGCUGUUCAACCUGGCGGAUGAGUUGCUCUUCCCUCAGCUGGUAGAGCGACUCACCACAAUGGUAGAUCAACUCGAUCGCUGUCAAAAGGCGCUGGCAGACUUCCUCGAGGAGAAGCGCUCGCGCAUGCCGCGGUUCUACUUCAUCGGAGACGAAGAUCUACUUGAGAUUUUGGGCCAAGCUCAAAACCCCGCCGUGAUCCAGAGCCACCUGAAAAAGCUCUACCAAGGCGUGUACAGAGUGGAGUUUUCCGAGCAGCAAGACCAGAUCGUAGCCAUGUUAAGUGCAGCGGGUGAACGAGUGGAGCUCCACACGCCAGUGGCAGUCACCAGCAACGUGGAGGAAUGGCUCGAAACCUUCACCAACGAGAUGCGACGUACGAUCCGCGCGCUUACUGCGCAGUGUGUGAGCGCUAGCGCUCCGGACUACCACGCGUUUCCAUCCCAGGUGCUGUGUCUGACCGAGCAGAUCCGAUUCUGCUCACAAGCUGAACAAGCCAUCAAGAGUGGGGGAGUUCAGGAGCUCAAGCGCAGCUUGCAAGACACACUGAGAGAGCUGACGUCGUUGGAUCUGAGCACAGAGCUGCUGAUGAGUCUCAAGGUGAAGGCGCUGGUGCUGGACCUGGUUCACCAUAUCGACGUCUGCGAUCAGCUCUUGGCCGCCAAUUGUCGGUCUGUCACUGACUGGAUCUGGCAGAAGCAGCUCCGCUUCUACUUGGAUACUCGCAAGCAGUCGGGCAAAGACCCCCCGCCGUGUUUGAUCCGCAUGAACGACGCCGAGUUUGCCUACACGUACGAGUACCAGGGCAACGCUCCCAAGUUGGUGCACACUCCGCUGACGGACAAGUGUUACCUGACACUUACUCAAGGUAUGCACAUGGGCUUCGGAGGCAACCCGUACGGGCCUGCAGGUACUGGCAAAACGGAGUCGGUGAAGGCUUUGGGCGGACAAUUUGGACGCCAAGUACUAGUGUUUAACUGCGAUGAAGGUAUCGACUUCCAGUCCAUGGGUCGAAUCUUCAUCGGACUCGUUAAAUGUGGCGCCUGGGGCUGCUUCGACGAGUUCAAUCGGCUGAAGGAAGACCAGCUUUCGGCUAUUUCCCAGCAGAUUCAGGUGAUUCAAGACGCCAUCAAGGAGAAGACGGGCACUAUCAGCCUCCUGAACCGCUCUGUUGAUGUCGACUUCAACGCUGGCAUCUUCGUGACGCUCAACCCCGCCGGAAAGGGCUACGGUGGACGAUCUAAGCUACCAGACAACCUCAAGGCGCUGUUCCGUCCUGUGGCUAUGGGUCGGCCAGACAACAAUCUCAUCGCUGAGGUUAUUCUCUACUCUGAAGGAUUCAGCGAGGCCAAGGACAUCGCAUCGAAGGUUGUGUCGCUUUACUCCCUCUCUGGUCAACUGCUGUCUCGACAGCAGCACUACGACUGGGGGUUGCGUGCACUGAAAGCUGUACUCAACACGGCUGGAAAACUGCUACAAGCGGAGAAGAAGGAGCGAGCUACCAGUGGGAAGGCGAACGGUAACGGAGAGGAAGAAGCCAAGGCAGUAGACAGUAAACCGGUGCGAAUGACGACGGCGGAGGAGACCGAGAUCCUAAUCAAGGCUGUGCGUAUCAACACGCUGUCAAAGCUCACUUUUGUGGACUCUACCCGGUUCCUAGCGUUGAUCGGAGACGUCUUCCCUGGUGUCGAGUCGGCUGAUCUAGCGGGUGGAGCCUUGGGCGACGCUAUUCGUGAGGUCAUGACGAGCAAACCAUUCUUCUUGGAGGUGGACGAGCUGCAGAUCAGGAAGAUGCUGCAGCUUAAGGAGUCACUCGACCAGCGCAUGGGCUGCGUGGUUGUGGGUCCUUCCGGUAGUGGCAAGUCCACGGUGUGGCAGGUGCUGCAGCAAGCGUUGAUCCGGUGCGGCCAGCUCGUCAAGACUCACGUCAUGAACCCUAAGUCCAUGCCGCGCGAGAGGUUGCUGGGCCACAUGGACCUGGACACGCGUGAGUGGGAAGAUGGCGUACUCACUGCUGCAGCUCGUCAAGUGGUCAAAGAGCCUGAGAACGUUCGCUCCUGGAUUAUCUGUGACGGUGACGUCGACCCGGAGUGGAUCGAGUCGCUGAACUCCGUGCUGGACGACAACCACCUACUCACUCUGCCCAACGGCGAGCGUAUCAACUUCGGACCGAACGUCAACUUCGUCUUCGAGACGCAUGACUUGAGGUUCGCCUCACCCGCUACCAUCUCUCGAAUGGGAAUGAUCUUCCUCUCGGACGAGGACAUGGUCAUCCAGAGACUUGUGAGUAAGUGGCUUCUCACUCUCCCCCCUGCAGCCGAUGCAGGCACCAGCAACACACGUGACCCGUUACGACAGUGGAUCGACGAGCUGUUCACGCGCGGCUUGGAGGAGCUGCAUAAGUACGAUGUCAUUGUGGCGACGACCACCGUUGGUACGAUCAUGAAUGGCUUGAGUCACGUAGCGACGGCGACGACCCGGUCCGAGUUCGUCUGUGCUAUGAUCCGAGGACUGGGAGCCAACCUGGCCAUGGGAUCUCGCGCAUCUUUUGCCAAGUCGCUCUUCAUGAUGGCCAACGAGCGUCCGCCGGACAUGAGCGCCCCGCUUGACUGCUACUGCCAAGGUUCUACCUUCUACACGUACGAGACUAAGCGUGAUACCUACGGCGCUAUGGACGGCAAGAUGGAUCGUAAAGACCUUGUGGCCAACGGAAUGGACGCCGUCGUGCCGACCGUGAGCGUGCAGCGAGGACUGAAGCUCAUUGAGCCGUGGGUGGAGAAGAUGGAGCCGUUUAUCCUCGUCGGACCGGAAGGAAGCGGCAAGAACAUGCUCAUCCGCCAAGCGUUCAAGAACCUCAAGAGCGUCACCGUGUCAGUCCUUCACUGCAACGCGCAAACAACCGCCGAUCAUGUCAUUCAUAAGAUUGCGCAGUGUUGUUCGCUGUUUUCGACGCCAACGGGGCGAGUCUACCGACCUCGAGACGCCGAGCGACUUGUGCUUUACCUCAAGGACAUCAACCUGCCUAAGCCGGACCAGUACGAUACGUGUAUGUUGAUCGCCUUCCUGCAGCAGUUGAGCACGUUCAACGGCUUCUACGACCAGCACUUGGAGUUCCUCGGAGUCGAGAAGAUCCAACUCGUUGCCUCCAUGAACGCAGCGACGACAGUGGGGCGCCACCCUCUCUCCACGCGUUUCACUGCCAUCGUCAAGGUAGCGUACAUGGACUACCCGUCGACGGACGAGCUCGCGGUAGUGUACUCUACCUUCUUGGAGGGCGUCUUCGACUCCUCCAGUACUCCAAACCUCCCAGCUACGUGGAAAGACCCCGCGAACCGCGAUCGACUGGCUAAGAGCAUGGUCGAAGUGUACGACACGGUGAAGACCAAGUUCACGGUCGACGAGCAGCGCCACUACCUCUUCACACCUCGAGAUCUAACCAAGUGGGUCUUCGCCCUGGUGCGAUACGACCUCGAGCACGAAGAUGUACUAGACGCACUAGCACACGAGGCACGUCGGCUCUUCCGAGAUCGCCUGGUGGACAACGAGGCCAGAUCCAAGUUUGAUGGCAUCCUCAAUACUGUCUGGAAGCAGCAAUGGCGUCACGCUAUCAAGCUGCAGGACGUUUACUUCAGCUCAUUACACUGUCGGACAGCUGGGGCUACGGCGGGUGGAGACGCCGCCGGAACCGGCAACGCUGCAGCAGCCACCGCAGCGUCCUUACAGCGUAUAGCAAGUGACGAGUUCUCCCAAGUUGUUUCGCAGGGGAUGGUCCUCUACGAGCGUGAGGAGAAGGACCUGCACAUGCUGCUGUUCGACGAGAUCCUCGAGCACUUGACCAUCAUCGAGCGCGUGAUGUCCGAACCUGGGGGCUCAAUGUUGCUGGUCGGGAACUCCGGCGUCGGGCGCCGAUCGGCCACGACGCUCAUCUCGUACAUGCUCAACUACACAAUGUUCUCUCCGAGCAUCACUCGGAACUACGACGCCAGUAGCUUUCGCACUGAUCUCAAGAGUUUGCUGGUGAAGGCUGGUGUAGAAGGACAGCACUACGUGCUCUACCUGGAGGACCACCACUUCACUCAAGACGCUAUCCUGGAGCUCACCAACUCCUUGCUAAGUUCCGGUGAGGUUCCAGGCUUGUACACACACGAGGAGAUCGAGCCACAGAUCGCACCAUUGAAGGAGCUCUUGCUGGAAAGUAUUGGAGCUAGUGGGCAGGAGCAUAUCCGAACAGUGUACGACUUCUUUGUGUCUCGGGUUCGGCAGUUCGUGCACGUUGUGCUGGCGAUGGAUUCGCGCAACCCUCAGUUCGUACUGCGCUGCGAGAGCAACCCAGCGCUCUACACUCGCUGCGCUAUCGUCUGGAUGGGGGAAUGGAACACGAGCAGUAUGGCUCGCCUGCCGGAGCUUUUGCUGAACGGGUCCGAGCUCGUCGACAGUCUCAUCAAGACCACGCCACUGAUUACGAGCUUGUACGCGAGUUGCAAGGAGUUUGGCGCCACUCCGCGCGAGUUCAUCUGCUUCCUCGGUACGUGGCGAACUCUGUUUGAAGCCAAGUGCAAGCAGAUUGUGCAGGAGAUCCGUCACCUCAAGAGCGGUCUGAGUAAGCUGGAAGAGGCCAGUGUGACGGUAGACGAGCUCAGUCGCAACGCCGUCUUGAAGAAGAAGGACCUGAGUGCCGCGCAAGUCUCGGCCGACGAGGCUAUGAAGGAAAUCACGAACGCCCUGGACUCUGCUGCUGACAACCGACGCGAAGUCGAGAAGCUCAAGGAGCAGCUCGCCAAGGCCGAGAUCGCCACGAACGCGCGUAAGCACGAGAUCGAGCAGGAGCUGAGCGAAAUCACGCCCAUUCUUCGGACUGCGAUGGAGGCCGUGGGCAACAUCAAGAGCGACAACCUGAACGAGAUCCGCUCACUCAAGAUGCCGCCUGAACCCAUCCACGACGUCCUCUCAGCCGUUCUGAUGCUGCUUGGAAUCCAGGACACGUCGUGGAAUUCCAUGAAGAAGUUCCUGGGCAACCGUGGCGUCAAGGACGACAUCCUCAACUACGACGCCCACCGCAUCACGCCGGAGAUCUCCAAGACCGUCACGAAACUGGUCAAGAGCAAGAAUUCCUCGUUCGACCACGAGACCAUUUACCGCGUGAGUGUGGCUGCUGCACCGUUGGCCACGUGGGUGAAGGCCAACCUCAAGUACUCGAUGGUUCUCAACAAGAUCGAGCCGCUGGAAAACGAUCUCGCAGAGGCAAAGAGGUCGCUUGAAGCCUCUCAACAGCGACUGCUUCAAUGCGAGAGCGAGUUGAAGAAGAUUGACGUCAAGGUGGACCAGAUGAAGGUGCAGUUCGGGGAGAAGACGAAGGAGGCUGAGAUCUUGAAAAUGAACUUGGAGCAAGCCGAGAAAACGUUAACCAAGGCCCAGGGCUUACUGAGCAAGCUGGGUGGUGAGAAGCAUCGCUGGUCGGAGCAGGUGAAGGAGCUGGAGCAUCGUCUGACCGAUUUACCGGUUCGAAUGCUGCUCGCCUCUGCGUUCACGACGUUCCUGGGCAAAUGCUCCGAGGACGCUCGUAAGCGCGUUGUGAAGGAGUGGGAACGUGAUAUCCUCGACGGUUCUACCGGUUCCUCGAGCAAUAUUCACUUUGACUACCGUAAGUUGCUCAGCACGGAGAGCGAAUUGCUCACGUGGAAGGCAAUGGGUCUCCCAUCCGACAAUUUGUCGAUGGAGAACGCGUUGAUUGUUUCCAAUUCGAGCGGCGAGCGCUGUCCAUUCAUCAUCGACCCUGCCAGUGCAAGCACCACGUGGUUGCAAGCUGAACUGGCCAAGGAUACGACACGUCCACUGUCUAUUGUGCAGUCCCAAGACGCUCGGUUCGUGAACCUGGUGGAGCAAGCUGUGAGGUUUGGUAAGACGUUGGUGAUCCUGGAAGUCGACAAUGUGGAGCCGUAUCUGUACCCGUUGGUCCGCAAGGACUUGAUCCACCAAGGUCCGCGGUUCGUCGUCGCACUUGGCGACAAGGUGAUCGACUACAACGAGAACUUCCGCUUAUUCCUCGUCACACGGAACCCGUCACCGCCACUUGCCCCCGAUGCACUGGCAAUCGUCAACGUUGUCAACUUUACGGUCACGAAGUCUGGGCUCGAGGGGCAACUUCUGGGCGUCACCAUCCAGCACGAACAGCCUGAGCUGGAGCAGGAGAAGAGCGAGCUGCUGCGGCAAGAAGAAGAGUGCAAGGUGCAGCUGGCAGCGCUCGAGAAGCAGCUCGUGGAGGCGCUGGCCACGUCGGAAGGAGAUAUCUUGGAGAAUACCAUCCUAGUUGAGUCACUCACAAAGACGAAAGCUACGAGUGCUGAGAUCGAGAACGCUCUCGAGCGAUCAGCGAAGAAAUCCGAGGAGCUGGACGAGAAGCGCGAUACGUACUGUCCGUUCGCCCACGAAGGCGCCAAGAUGUUCUUCCUGGUGAAGCAGUUGAGUGCGGUGAACCACAUGUACCGCUUCUCGUUAGCUUCCUUCUUGGGGCUCUUCAAGGCCACGUUGGCAACGAAAAUGGAGUCUUCCAGCACCAAAGACCGCAUUCUGCGGCUAAUCCCCAUCCUGGAGUACAAGGUGCUGAUGUUUGUCGGUCGAGCGCUGUUCAAGGAACACCGACCCAUGUUUGGCAUGCACUUGGUGCAUGGUAUGCACCCCGAGUGCUUCGAGAAGAACGAGUACGAGUUCUUCUGUGGUGAGUUGGUGGAGACCGAAAAGGGGUCGGGAGGCAACACGCCACUGCCAGAAUGGGCGUCACCCGAGCGAAAAGAGGCGUACACUCAAUUCGUCGAGGCACUGCCACGGCUUGCACAGUUGUGUAAGUUCGAGAGCCACGAUAUGUGGAUCCGAUGGUCGAAGUCCAUGGAGUGCGAGCAGAACUUCCACCCGAAGAUGGACAAGUCCGGGUCUUCUGGAGGCCUCUCUGCGUUCCAGAAGCUGCUUGUGGUUCAGGCGCUGCGUCCCGAUCGACUACAGAGCGCUAUCAUUCAGUUCAUCUGUGGUGUUAUGCAGCUCAAGUCGCUCACUCCCCCGUCGCUUGACUUUAAGGUCAUCGGAACGGAAGAGGCAACCAACACGACGCCCGUGCUGUUGCUCACUACGGCUGGAGCUGAUCCGUCCAAGGAGCUGGAGGAGGUCGCGACGUCGGUCGUUGGAAAGGGCCACUACUUCGAAGUGGCUAUGGGUGGAGGGCAACAGGAGAAGGCGCUCAGCCUGCUCAAGUCCACGGCGGAGCAUGGCGAGUGGUUGUGUCUACAGAACCUCCACCUCGUCAUCGCGUGGCUGCCAGUGCUAGAGAAGGAGUUUAGUGCGUUGAAUGCGAGUCACAAGUUCCGCUUGUGGCUGACGACGGAGCCGCACGACGCCUUCCCGCUUGUUCUGCUGGAGCAGAGUCUCAAGAUCACGUUCGAGUCUCCUCCAGGCAUGAAGAAGAACUUGCAGCGCACUUACGCAGCCUGGAACCCGGACUUCAUCGCACGCGGGUCAUCUGCUCGCGCGCAGCUUCUCUUCUUGUUGGCCUGGUUCCACGCGCUUCUGCAGGAGCGACGCACGUACAUCCCGCAGGGCUGGACCAAGUUCUACGAGUUCUCAUUCGGAGACUUCCGCGCAGGCUCGAACGUCAUGGAGCUGGCUUGUCAGACCAGCGGGGGCGGGUCCAGUGGCAUCGACUGGCAGACGCUGCACGGUCUCAUGGAGAACGCCAUCUACGGUGGACGUAUCGACAACCCGUACGACCUACGCGUCCUGCGUUGCAAUCUGACGGAAUACUUCAGCCAAGAGCUGCUGUCGGGCCAGAAGAGUCUCAUGCGCGGUGUGAAGCUGCCUCAAAGCUCUCAACACGCCGACUACCUGGACGUCAUCGACCGCUUCCCGGAUCUCGACGCGCCCGCCAUGUUUGGCCUCCCCGACAACAUCGAGCGCUCCAUGCAACGCUCUCUCUCGGGCCAAGUGAUCGCCCAGCUCAAGGCGCUCUCCUCAAGCGAAGCCGAAGCCACGACGUUCGACCGCGAGAAGUGGCGCGCGCAGCUCGGUCCGCUGCUGGAGACAUGGGGGAAGCUCACCACUGGUUUCCAACUGGAAGGAGCCUCCUCAUCCUCAAGCCCGGGCAAGAAUCUGCAGGCGAUGGCACCGGCGGACGCCUUCGUGGCUCAAGAGAACGAGUACGCGCUAGAUCUGGUCCAAGAGGUCAACUCAAGCCUGCAGGCUCUGAAGAAGGUCAUCUACGGCACUGGACUGCUGACUCCUGCUAUCCAGACAGUCGCGAUUGCGCUGCUCAAGGGCGCAGUUCCAGCGGAGUGGUCGUCUCAGUGGGAAGGCAGCGAGAACGUGGCCACUUGGCUGCGCGGGCUUGCCAUGCGCAAGCGUGCGCUCUCCGAGUGGCAGGAGGCGGUGGGGACUGGCCAGCUACUCACAAAAGGUCUGGAUCUGUCGGAGCUGCUGCACCCUGGCACGUUCCUCAAUGCGCUUCGUCAGCAGAGCGCGCGCGAGCAGAAGUGCUCGAUGGACGGCAUGAAGCUGCUGUCGUGCUGGGAGCGCGAGCGUCUGAGCGGCACGAAGAUCGAGUGGUUCGAGCUCACGAGGCUGCUACUGCAAGGUGCAUCGUUCGAAGGAGGCACUCUACUGGAAGCGGUGUCCGACGCCCAGGAGCUGGUGGCGGUGCCAUCCUGCUACGUGGCGUUCGUGCGCGAAGACGCCCAGGAGAUGUACGAGAAGGAGAACUGCAUCAAGACGCCGCUGUACUACGCCACCGAUCGCGAACGGAUGCUGGUGGAGAUAUCGAUGCCCAUUGCGGGCGAUAGGGCGCGCUGGGUGCUCGCAGGCGUGGCGCUGUUCCUAGGCGAAUAG